GCCAAAGGGCAAGAGAUAGUAAGCAUAUCUCAAGAGAAAGAAACAGUUCUACGCUAUCGAGAACACUUAAACCGAGAGAAUCGCAACAACUGCGCAAAAAUCAAAAGCCAGGCGGUUAACUUGAAUGUUUACUUUAAAGUUAUAACUUAUCACUUUUGAACAGAUAGCAAUCAAAUUAAACACGGAAAUCGUGUUUUAAUCCGUAAUUGAUGUUUGUAAAAUGCUUACACGUCCUUCGGCAAGUCUGUGAAACCUAAAUUAGCGUUAUUGUGGAUGUGUAAAAAGCAUUGAAGGAGUCUACGCGGGGCGCUACUUUAUUUUGUAUGUGCUUAGUUGUUUAUCCAAUGAGUGCUGCGGUAUUAAUAUCUCGAAUGACCCCUCAUUCCUAACCCAAAUCCAGCAGAGUCUCUGUGUCAAUAACUUGGCAAAGUUCAGUGAGGACCUGUGAAUAAUCGUCACGUCGUUUGGAGUGGAGUAUUUGCUAACAGUAAACACUCAAAGCUAGAGAGCUACUCGACACUAAAGGCGCGGAGUCAACUUGCCGCGCAUAUGAGAGAUGAUCUUCACCUAAUGACAUUGCAUGCAUGCGGACAACAAAGAGUAAAAGAGAAUGGACUCUACGACAGCGUACCAAAACCAGUCAAGCGACAACCAGAGUUUGGAAAACAAAACUCUCCCCUCCGUGUCGUCUGAGGAAUUAGAAUUCAAGGCCAUAAAAAUUGCAUUUUAUUUUGUUAUAUUGAUCGGAAGCGCAGUGGGAAACAGCCUGGUAGCAUACAUCAUUUGCUCAAACAGACGACUGAAAACGGCGUCUAACUUCCUAAUACUGAACUUGGCGAUUUGCGACCUAUUGACGCCACUGGUCAGUAUACCGUUUGAUUUUGCUUUGGAGGAACACGAGUAUACAUGGUUAUAUGGCCGCGCUAUGUGUCGGCUUCUAUGGCCGCUAGCGACUCUGAGCGCGACUUCCUCUGCGUUAACUCUUGCCGCUAUCUCUCUGGAUCGCUAUCUCAUCAUCAUGCAUCCAUUCCGCUCAAGACUUACCAAGAGGCAGGUGUUGUUUAUUGUUAUCGGAAUUCACUUUUUCUCGUGCGUAGUGGUGUCUCCUUAUGUAGCGUUUCUGAACUUGGAGGGGUCGGUCUGUCAGGAGACAUGGCCGGCACAGAAGUACCGGAAGGCGUACACGGUUGUACUUUUUCUCGUGCAGUACGCCUUCCCGCUACUUUACAUGGUAACCAUGUACACCAUGGCGUUAUUUCAGCUUUACUCCAUAACCGGCAAAGUGCGAGGCAACAAAAUGAAACAAACAUUUAACAGUCCAAGUGGAACUCCGACUAUGGAGGCAAGAGGAACCAGGAAUAGGACUCGGAAGCAUGGAGUGUGCGAGGUAUCGGAUGGCAGCUCCACCAUCGGCCGACUGAGGUCAAAGUUGUCAUUAAAGCGGAAAAGUGCAAAUACACGGGCGACGUGGACGUUUAUAGGGAUCGUCAUCAUCUUCAUGUGCUUCAUGUUUCCGAACCAAUUCAUAUGGAUGCAGACCGACCUUGGUAAUGGCGCCAGAGACGAGAAAGCAUUCUCAAAGGCGGUUAUUAUAUGCUGGUUGUUUACUUAUACCAACUCUGUUGCGAACCCCAUCAUCUUCGCCAUUUUUAACAACGAUUUUCGAAGCGGGUUUAGAAAAAUAUUCAGGUGUAUUGUUUGCUUGGGGCAGGGCAACUCACGGAAAUUAUCGACGUUUUUGAGUACUACUGAUCAAGGUCAUGUGUAUCCUUCAAGCAACAACGGGACUUUGAGACGAGCUAGAGACUCACCACAGGUUGACCGCCAGAUUCCCGCGACUUUAGGGGUACCAGAGGCUACGCAUAAACAAUCACAAGUUUCAUUCACUUUUCCGCCCUCUUUCGAUUAAAAUGUUCAAUAAAAACAACAGUAUUCUUUAUGGGCUUUAUAAAAUUCAUUUUGGCUGGCUUAUAAUGUACAUAAAUCUUCGAGAUAUCGAAGGGUAUAAAUACAGUAAGGGAAACUGGAUUAUGUUUGA